CCAGGUGUGUCCCCAGGUGUGUCCCCAGGUGUGUCCCAGGUGUGUCCCCAGGUGUGUCCCCAGGUGUGUCCCCAGGUGUGUCCCAGGUGUUCCCAGGUGUGUGCCCCAGGUGUCCCCAGGUGUGUCCGCAGGUGUGUCCCAGGUGUGUCCCCAGGUGUGUCCCAGGUGUGUCCCAGGUGUGUCCCCAGGUGUGUCCCAGGUGUGUCCCAGGUGUGUCCCCAGGUGUGUCCCAGGUGUGUGCCAAGGUGUGCUCAGGUGCAAAUUCCAGCGAUCUCAAUGUUGGGGGGGUGGGGCCAAGGAUGUUCUGGAGGGGGUCCCCAGCUGUGUGCAGGUGUGUCCAGGUGUGUCCAGGUGUCCCCAGGUGUGUCCAGGUGUGUCCAGCUGUGUCCAGAUGUCCCCAGGUGUGUCCAGCUGUGUCCAGGUGUGUCCAGGUGUCCCCAGGUGUGUCCAGGUGUGUCCAGCUGUGUUCAGACACCGAUCCCGAUGCCGGGAGGGGUCUCGGGGGUCCCCAAAUGUGUCCAGGUGUGUUCAGGUAUAUCCAGGUGCAUCCAGGUGUGUCCAGGUGUGCUCAGGUGUAUCCAGGUGUAUCCAGAUGCCUCCAGGUGUGCCCAGGUAUAUCCAUGUGAGUCCAGGUGCCUCCAGAUGUGUCCAGGUGUAUCCAGGUGUGUUCCAAUUGUGUCCAGGUGUGUCCAGGUGUCUCCAGGUGUGUCCAGGUGUGUGCCAAUUGUGUCCAGGUAUAUCCAGGUGUGUCCAGCUGCCUCCAGGUGUGUCCAGGUGUAUCCAGGUGUCUCCAGGUGCCUCCAGGUGUGUUCCAAUUGUGUCCAGGUGUGUCCAGGUGCCUCCAGGUGUGUUCUGAUAAUAUCCAGGUGCCUCCAGGUGUGUCCAGGUGUGUUCCAAGAAUAUCCAGGUGCCUCCAGGUGUGUCCAGGUGCCUCCAGGUGUGUCCAGGUGUGUUCCGAGAAUAUCCAGGUGGGUCCAGGUGUGUUCCGAGAAUAUCCAGGUGUGUCCAGGUGUGUCCAGGUGUGUCCAGGUGCGACCAGGUGUGUCCAGGUGUGUUCCAAGAAUAUCAGGUGCCUCCAGGUGUGUCCAGGUGCGACCAGGUGUGUCCAGGUGUGUCCAGGUGUGUCCAGGUGCUGCUCCCGGUGCCGGCAGGUCCGGGGGGGGUCAGUGCUCGCCCUCCUGCUCGCCCAGGGCCAGCAGCAGCAGCAGCGCCCAGCCCCCGAGCAGCCCCGCGCUCUGCAGCGCCAGCAGCGCCCAGGGGCUGGGGGUGCGCACCGACAGCAUGGCCGGCACCUGCGGGACACCUGAGAGUCACCUGAGACACCUGAGAGUCACCUGA